UGCUCGGGAACGCAGAGGGAGCUGCAGAAGGGGGAGGCUGAACGGAGAGAAGCAGGAAGUAGCGGUGGCCGCGGGGAGGGUGGCGGCGGCGGCGGCCGGAGCAGUGGAGCGACCUCCGGGGCUCGGCCCUCGCUGCGAGCAGAACAAGUUAAGGGCUCGUUGUCAUGGGGGACAUGAAGACUCCUGACUUCGAUGACCUCCUGGCUGCCUUUGACAUCCCUGACAUCGAUGCAAAUGAAGCCAUUCACUCUGGGCCAGAGGACAGUGAGGAGCCUGUAGGCUCAGGGAAGCCAGAACCUGGUGGAGGAGGCACGUCUGGAGUAGCUGCAGCCACUGGGGACGGAGCUCCUGCCCAAGCCUCAGAGGACCAUGGCCUGCCCCCACCCGAUAUCUCGGCUGUGAGUGUCAUCGUCAAGAACACCGUGUGCCCAGAGCAGCCGCCGGCUGGGGGGUCAUUGGAUGGGGCCCGGGCAGGGAUGCCGACUAAGGAGGGGUCUGGCCUUGGGCCUCGCCUUAUGCAGAAUGGUUUUGGGGGCUCAGAUCCCCCCCUUGCAGGAGCUGCCCGGUCUUCAGCGCCUCCUGGUGGUGGGGGCACCUGGAAAGAGAAGACCCUGGAGGGCAAAGUCCCUUUAGAUCUCUUUGCUCACUUUGGGUCCAAGUCUGGGCGGUCCUCCGAGCCUUCCCCACCCUGUGAAGGAGCUGCAACGUCCCCUCCUUUCCCCACAUCCUUUGAGCUGGCUCAGGAAAAUGGCUCAGCCCUGCUGCCCCCCGGGGCCCUGAAACAGGAGUGCUGCACCCCUCCACUCCCCCAGGGCAGCAGUCCCCAGACCACAGACUGCCCCUUCAGCACCUCACCUCCUCGACUAGAGGGGGUACCCUUCAUCAAGAAGUCUCCUGGGCACCAGAGCCCUUCCGCCUCCCCCACAGCGCCCAGCUGUCCCUUGAAGGAAGAAGAGGACAACGAAGGGCCUGUGGACAAGUCUCCCCUGGGCAGUCCCCACAGCCCUUCCAGUGGAGCUGAAGCAGCCGACGAGGACAGCAAUGACUCCCCUGCCUCCUCCAGCUCCUCCCGGCCCCUCAAGGUGCGCAUCAAGACCAUCAAGACCUCCUGUGGCAACAUCACAAGGACUGUCACUCGAGUCCCCUCAGACCCUGAGCCUCCUGUCCCUGAGGCCGAAGGGGCCCCAGGAACUGAGUCUGGCCUGAAGCUGUCCCCAGCCACCACCACCCCCGAGGGUCCGAAGGUGGUGAGUGUGCAGCUGGGGGAUGGCACUCGGCUGAAGGGCACUGUGCUGCCUGUGGCUACUAUCCAGAGUGCGAGCACUGCCAUGCUGAUGGCUGCCAGUGUGGCCCGUAAGGCCGUGGUGUUGCCGGGGCCCACUGUCACGAGCCCCAAGGCUGUGGCCAAGAACGUGCUGGGCUUGGUGCCCCACGCCCUGCCCAAGGCCGAUGGGCGGGCCUCGGUGGGGACAGGUGGCCAGAAGCUGAAUGGGGCUUCGGUGGUGAUGGUGCAGCCAUCCAAGCCGGCAGCAGGGCCAGGCGUGGUGAGCGGCACGGUCAUCUCCCGCACCCAGUCUAGCCUGGUGGAGGCCUUCAACAAGAUUCUCAACACCAAGAACCUGCUGCCCGCCUACCGGCCCAACCUGAGCCCACCUGCUGAGGCCGGCCUAGCUCUGCCACCUGCCGGCUACCGCUGCCUGGAAUGCGGGGAUGCCUUCUCACUGGAAAAGAGCCUAGCCCGCCACUAUGACCGGCGCAGCAUGCGCAUCGAGGUCACCUGCAACCACUGCGCCCGCCGCCUGGUCUUCUUCAACAAGUGCAGCCUGCUGCUGCACGCGCGUGAGCACAAGGACAAGGGGCUGGUCAUGCAGUGCUCCCACCUGGUCAUGCGGCCCGUCGCCCUUGACCAGAUGGUGGGCCAGCCCGACAUCACACCGCUGCUGGCUGUGCCGCCCGCGCUGGCCCCCCCAGCCCUGCCCGCCCUGGUUAAGGGCGACGCGGCUGUCACUUCCUCCUCUGCUGCUGUGGCUGCUGUUGCCACCAUGGAGGCUCCUGUGCUGCCACUGGCCACGGAGCCGCCUUCAGCACCUGCCACUGCCUCCUCCACCUGCUUUCGCUGCCUGGAGUGCAAGGAGCAGUGCCGCGACAAGGCAGGCAUGGCUGCACACUUCCAGCAGCUGGCGGCCACCAGCAACGUGUGUCCAACCUGCCCCAUGAUGCUCCCCAACCGAUGCAGCCUGGGUGCUCACCAGCGCAUGCAUAAGAACCGGCCGCCCCACGUCUGCCCCGAGUGUGGGGCCAACUUCCUGCAGCCCAGCUUCCAGACACACCUUCGGGAUGCCUGCCUGCACUUCUCACGCCGGGUCGGAUACAGGUGUCCCAGCUGUGCAGUGGUGUUUGGGGGCGUGAACUCCAUCAAGUCCCAUAUCCAGACGUCACAUUGUGAGGUUUUCCACAAGUGCCCCAUCUGCCCCAUGGCCUUCAAGUCUGCCCCCAGUGCCCACGCCCACCUCUACACCCAGCACCCCAGCUUCCACACGCAGCAGGCUAAGAUGAUCUUCAAGUGCGCCAUGUGUGACACGGUUUUCACCCACAAACCCCUCCUCUCCUCACACUUUGACCAGCACCUGCUCCCUCAGCGCGUCAGUGUUUUUAAGUGCCCAUCUUGUCCCCUGCUGUUUGCCCAGAAAAGGACCAUGCUGGAUCACCUCAAGAACACACACCAGGCCGGGCACGCUGGGGAGGAGGUUUCGGGGCAAGGGGCCGGGUCGGCCCUGCUCACCCCCAAGACGGAGCCUGAGGAGCCGCUUGAGUCACAGGCAGGAGGAGCGCCUGCAACUGGGGAGUCGUCUUCGUCCUCUGAAGAGGAGCCCCCCAGCUCCCCUGAGCCCCCUCGUCUCACCAAGAGGCCUCGGCCCCGAAGGGAGCUGGGUGGGAGCAAAGGCCUCAAGGGCGGGAGCGGGGGCCCCGGAGGCUGGACCUGUGGCCUCUGCCACUCCUGGUUCCCCGAGCGGGAUGAGUACGUGGCACACAUGAAGAAGGAGCACGGCAAGUCGGUGAAGAAAUUCCCGUGCCGCCUGUGUGAGCGCUCCUUCUGCUCGGCCCCCAGCCUGCGGCGCCACGUCAGGGUCAACCACGAGGGGAUCAAGCGUGUGUACCCCUGCAGGUACUGCACGGAGGGCAAGCGCACCUUUAGCAGCCGCCUGAUCCUGGAGAAGCACGUCCAGGUCCGGCACGGCCUGCCACUCGGCGCACAGACCCUUGGCCGGGGGGUCGCCUUGACCCAGGGCACUGGCACCAGAGCCCAGGGCUCCGGGCGGAAGCGCCGGCCAUCUUCUGACUCCUGCAGUGAGGAGCCUGACAGCACGACGCCUCCAGCCAAGUCCCCCCGGGCCUCCGCAGGCCUGGGCCCCCCGAAUUUCCGCAGCGCCAUGCCUGUGGAACAGGGCCUUCUGGCUGGGCUGAGGGUGGAAGGGGGCGCCCAGCAGUGCAUUGACUGUGGUCUGUGUUUUGCCUCCCCCGGUUCCCUGAGCCGGCACCGCUUCAUCAGUCACAAGAAGAGACGGGGUGCAGGGAACGCCACCUUGGGCCUAGGUGAGGGGGAGGAGGAGGCCCCCGCUCUGGCCAGGUCUGACCCAGAGGGUGGGGACUCACCCCUGCCUGCUUCUGGAGGCCCCCUGACCUGUAAAGUGUGUGGCAAGAGCUGCGACAGCCCCCUCAACCUCAAGACCCACUUCCGCACACAUGGCAUGGCGUUCAUCAGGGCCCGGCAGGGGGGCAGUGGGGACAACUAGGCCCCAGCUCCAUCCUCUGGGGGCCCGGGCCUCUGUUGCCACUUAGUCCCCAGCCAGGGACUUCCACCCAGAUCCACAUCAUGUUCCACUCCUGUUCCCUCUGGCCUGGCCCCGGAGACAGAGCUUUCAAGAGUUACUUGCAACGCACCUCUGGGUCUGGCCCCAGCACCUUAGACUGGGUACUUGGGCCCUCCUCCCUGAGCCCAACACUACUUCCCUCCUGUGGCCCACCCGCCAGGACUCCUCAGGCACAGGUGUCCUCCCAGCCCAGCCACACCCACCCAGCCAGCCCCUACCCCUGCAGUGCCUUUCACUUGUCUUUCUGUUCUCCCUCAGUAGCCCGGGGGGUUGGUGGGGACGAGGCCUGUUGGGGUCCAAGGAGGGGGGCCAGGCUCUCAGGAAUCCUUCUGUAAUAAUACUAACAUGGGGACAUGGAAGGGGGCGAACCAGACCAUUAAAACUGCUCGCGGUUUAAUCCCCA